UGAAGGGAGGUGCUCAGCUGGGAACAGGGAGAGAGAGACACCAGCUCUGAAGGGAGAGGUUGCACACACAGUAUGAGAGACAUGGGAGUCUGACUGGGGGCUGGAAUGGGGUGUUCCGUACUGUAGGUUGCUCUGCAGACCUGUUUCUGGAGGUAAACAGAGGGGCUGGACACAGGAGACGGAGACAGGAAUUCCAGGUCACAAGGGCUCCUGUGGCAGAGCACGGUCUUGGCAGGGUUUGGCUGGUAUUCCAACCUCUCCCUCUCGCGGUCCUGAGUAUGACAGAGUAGGACCAGGGAGGGAAUAAAUACACUUAGACAUAAGAAAUUAUAUAUUAGUGCAAGUAAGAGGCUAGUGUUUUGCUCCAGGGGUCUGGCCUGACCCCACCUCAUGAUGGGAUCCUCAGUGGAAUUUGCCUGUUUGCUGCUGGUGGUUUCUACUCUGGGAAAGAACCACUUGGUGUUUGGGGGUUGCUCAGGGAAAUGCUGCCGGGGCAGAGACUUGAGCUGCGAGACCACUGACUGGAGGAUGGACCGUGUGUAUGGGAUGUGCUACUGCGACGAGGGCUGCGUCAGGACCAAGGACUGCUGCUUCGACUACUUCACAGAGUGCCCAGCUCAGGACUGUGCUGUGAGCGACUGGAGCUUUUGGAGCGGCUGUGCCAAGCCCUGCCAGCCCUCGGUGCGCGUCCGUGUACGUCACGUAGAGCAGCAGCCCAGUAACAGCGGCGAACCCUGUCCAAGCCUGGAGCAACGAAGUGGCUGCAGGGAGUACAGAGACCACCAGGGCGGCCACUGUGGACACAACUCAGGUCCUGCAUUCAUCACCAGCAUGGAGUUUGGCAAGGGUAGGCCCAAGCAUGACAACUAUGGAAACCCCCUAGAUCCUGGGUUCUGUGUGGAAUUCACACUGGAAUCCCGGACACCCCACUGUACGGUGGAGAACCGGCCACACACGCACUGGAUGCGCUACAUUACAGAAGGCUUUAAAGUGUGUGUGGCGUGUGAACCUCCUGCCAUGAGAAACAAUAGUGGGAGCUGCCAAGGAGAUGGUCAGGAAUCAGACAAAGAAGCUGUGCUCCACUGGCAGGCGGUGGGGAACUAUCAGUGCAGUGGGACAUGGAAGAAGAUCCAGAAAACCCAGCAGUGCAACUGUCCACCGCAACACAGCUUCAUCUUCAUCUGAUCCAAACCAAGCAGCACAGCACUCUGAUCCGGUGUCCACAAUAACAUUUCACAGCCAAGCUCCCCUCAGCAGUGAAACUGGAAUUUUGUGUUCAGAUCAGACAUCUCAGUGCUUUCAAUACUAAGACUUAAGACUUGAGGGAGGUGCAAUGCAAUUGUCUCUAUUAAAUAUGCCAUACACUGAUAUAAAAGCAUAUUCAAAUCAAUGCAAUCACCAUGCACAUUUGCUCUGUGUAACUUCGCAGCAUACUGUGUAGACACUACAUUAUUUCACCUUUUCCUAGCACACAUUAAGCACCUAUGAAAAUGUAUUUUGCAUGUCUUUAUUGAAACAAGCCACUGCUGUAUUCCUUUAUUGACAAUAUUUUCUGGCAAAAAUAUUUAACUUUUAAAGCUAUUUUACAUUUG